AUGCUAUCAAUCGCAAUCAUUUUAAGCAUAACCACAUAUCCGAAAUUGCUUCGCGCCAUGUUCGUGAUUGUCGCUACUUGUUUAGGGGUUGUGAUAUUACUAGGACUUCGAACCAUGAGUCGUUUUAGCGAUUCUGAGUAUGACUUAACUGUUGAAGCCAAGCAUGUCGACUGGUCGCGAUUUGCAUACACCCAAUAUGCCACCGAUAGGGAUUAUUUAUGCAACUCAGUCAUGAUUUUCGAGUCCCUGCACCGACUUGGAAGCAAAGCUGAUCGCGUGUUGAUGUACCCCUUUGAGUGGUCUGUAUCUGAGGAUAGUAAUGCAAAAGAAAGCCGCAUGCUUCGAUAUGCACAGGAUCAUUAUGGAGUGAAGCUCAGGCCAAUCGAGGUACAGAUAAAGUCUGGGAGUGGCAUGACGGGGUCAAAGAGCUACACAAAACUACUCGCGUUCAACCAAACAGAGUAUGACCGGGUACUUAACUUGGAUUCAGAUGCAACCAUUCUGCAGACUAUGGACGAGUUAUUUCUAGCGCCAUCCAGCCCUGUUGCUAUGCCCUUGGCCUACUGGACAAAUCUGGACAAGGGACCUCUCACCUCUGCCCUCAUUCUCAUUCAACCAUCUACAGCUACCUUCAAUCGUACUAUGGAUGCAAUUUCGAGUGCCAACUCUAGCACUUUGGACACAGAUAUUAUGAACAGCAUGCCCAAACAUACUACGCUUACCAUACUCCAUCGGCCGUACAUUCUUCUGACUGGGGAAUUCCGCUCCAAAAAGCACGAGGCUUACCUAGGGAAAGGCGAAACUUGGGAUGCCGAAAGGGCUUUCAAAGAGGCCAAAUAUUUGCAUUUUUCCGACUGGCCUGUUCCUAAGCCAUGGAUUAAAGCUCUCCCUAGUAUGAUCGACGAUUUGCAGCCUCCAUGCGAGUUGAACCCGGCAACUGGUUAUAAAAAUGACUGCCGCGUCAAAAACCUUUGGUUGGGAGUUUACGAGGACUUUAGGAUAAGACGAGAGGUAUGCAAUGCUCCUCCUAUCUGA